CUAAUAUCCAGCAACUGUUCGAAACCAUUUUCAAACUGCUCUAAACCGUUUUCAAAUUCAACCCAUCUUCAUUUCUUAAACCACACAAAAUCACCCGGGUAGUGUAUAUAUAAAUAUAGGAUGAAUAUCAAGUGAUGGGUUAAUUUACAGGCAAGGAGAGCAUUGUUUGCUUUAAGAGGACUGGUGAAGUUACAAGCACUUGUGAGGGGUCACCUGGUAAGAAAACAAACAACGGCCACCCUGCGUUGCAUGCAUGCCUUGAUAGCAAUUCAAGUCCGAGCACGAGUUCAGAGGAUCCAAGUGGCUGGGCAUGAACCACAGCUUCACAAUAAAAGGCCAACAACAACUCAGACUCAGAGGCUACUGGUUCAGGACAAUCAGCAGCACAGAAAAGCAUAUACCACAAGUGCUGGAACAAUUAGGGAAAUCAGUGAAACACAGGCACAUCCACAGGCAGGUUUGAAGAGUAGAAGUGGACAUGUAGAUAACCAAUUCAGCAGCAAACAUUGUUCUGGAAGAGUUUCGAUCUCAAAACGAGAACAUCAUCAACUAUGUCCUAAUCCGUCAGAAUUGACUGAUAUGAACUCGUCAAGAAACCACAACAGUCAAUAUGGGGAGUAUCAUUCCUUAACUGGAUCACAGAAUAGUAGUCGAUACAAUUCUCCCACGGCUAAAACAAAUCACCAAAUGAGAGCCCCUUUUGCCAUUCCUCUCCCAGAACAUGAUCACUACCCAUGGGCGUUGCCUAAUUACAUGGCAAAUACAGAAUCUUCGAGGGCAAAAGUUAGGUCACACAGUGAACCCAAGCAACGACCAGUAACCGAAUGCAGUAGUACGGUGAAGCAGAGGGGCCGGAGAUCAACAUCAAAAUCAAGUGAACUACAACUAGAACUGAUAGAUAUUACAAAGGAACAGGACAUUUCAUCAUCACGUGUGAAACCGGCCAAUGCCGAGAAGAACCAACACCCAUGGUUGAUCAAGCUUUACCGAUCAACAAAAAAAGCCAUCAAGGAUACGGAGUGUAAUGAUUCACCACACUCCAUCAGCACAAUCAGUGAUAAUACUUCCAACAACUGCAAAUCUUUGACUGCAUAUGAGGUAACUAAUAUAGGAAUGCUUUAUUCCUCAGUUCUAGUCUUCUUCGAAGUUCAAAGUUCACCUUUUGGCUAAUACCUGAAAUUUCUUUGAUGCAGCCUCCUUUGAACCUAUACUAACUGUUCAAACAGUUGAAGGCAUCAAACAUCUCUCCAAGGCAUCUCAGGGGUUUAUUCUCAAUCCAUGUCAACUGAGAUUGCAUUUCAAACACUAAUUGGUUGUGAAACUAUACCAUCAUACUAAGUUUAUCUAAAAAUAGUGCAAUGGAGUGCUGGUUCUCAAUGCCAUAAACAUGUCAUGUAGAGAUAGAUCAAGGGGUCAAUUUGGCUAUAUACAAUGUCUCAAAUCAAUUCACAGAUCACACAUUAUGUAAAUUUCCUGCAGACAAGCCUCAUUAUCAUUAUUAUUUUGAGUAUUUGGCCAAAUUAUGCUGUAGCGAAGUACUCAUAUACAACCCACAAUACUGAAAAGAAAGAGAAAAACAAUUUCAUUGAAGAAGCUUUUUUGCAAGUUCUAAAAGCUGCAAACCUUCAUUUGCUGUUGGUAGUAGUCCUCCGAAAAUUAAAUAAUUCACAGAUACUUAUAAUAAUCUUUCAGGCUAAUUGUCAAUAAAGUAAACAGGAGAACAGGAAAUAUGUUUGACAGGCUUUUCACCCAUCAAGCUAA